GCAGGGGUUAAAAUUUGACUUAAAAUGGAAAGUAUAUUAACUUUUUUAGGCCUUUACAUCUAGAGAUAGAUAACUAUUCCAGUUUGAUUUUUUUUUUUUCAGGUAAUGGAGAAAGCUGCUAAUUUUAACCCCUGCUGAAAGAAGACAGAUAAUUUCAUUUGGAAGCAAAUACUUAUUGCCUUGAGAAACAGCACUGUAAUAGUCUAUGAUAAUUAGUUAUAGAAUAACCUUUAUCCCUUUCAAACUAUGCAAAUUAUUAAAUAAGUGUAAAUUAGUCAAUUAAAGAUAGUUGAUUAUAUUGCAAUCAGAUGGCAUUCACAAACUUAACUGGAACGUAUACAAAUAAAAUGAGUUUAAGAGGAUUUUUUUUUAAUACUGACGUAAAAAUAUAAUUUAGCUACCUGUUCUAAAAGUGGUGAAUAAUAAUUGUAUAAUAGGCCUGGGAAGACUGCCUCCUUUUUUGAAGAGAGAGAUUAAAGAUUUUUAUAAUUGUUUUUCAUCAAAUUUUAAUAUUUUUGUCAACUUUUUAGGUAUUUAAUUUGUAAAACAGUUUGCUUUGUACUGGCAUACAGAUAAUAGGGUAUUGAUCUUAACCUUUUGAAGCCAAGUGAUCAAGAACAUUUGUAAUAAAAGUCAAUGGAUCGAUAUCAGUUGUACUCACUGUUUUCAUUUCUUGUUCUUAUCAAUGUAGGAAUGGUGUACUUUUUUUCUUCAGGAAAAUGGGGCUAAAUUUGGGUGGAAGGAAGGCGAAAAGAUAAAUUUGUUGAUAAGAAUCUGGGUGGUUAUUGCAGCCCAAGCACUUUAGAACAUCAUUAAGUGGGUUACGAUUUACUGUAUUUAAAAAGAUGUAGUGUCAGCUUUUUUCUUCUCAAUUAUUUUUGGUCACGUUAUCUCAUUUUGCUUCUGUGCUUUAAUAUCUUAUGUUUUGGCAAUAUUGAAACUUUCAAACCAGUGUUUUUCUUUCAUGACUUUUUGGGUUAAUCUGCUAGCCAUGGUGACCCUACAAGUGGGCAUGAUUUUAUUUUUAUCUUUUACUACAUGGCUUACCUUCUCAUAUACAAUAUUUCCACUAGUUUAUUUUUUCAUAUUAUACACAUGUAUUUAUUUCCAGAUGAUUCUAGAAUGGGGCUUUCUGAAAUUGUUCUGGUAGCUUUCAUAGCACCACAAUUUUUUUUGACAUGAACAUAUUUUUAAGAUUUCCCUAUAAAAACUGAGAUAGAAAAAAAAAUUUUUUUUAAUUUCCCCCUUUUCAGAGUCUCAUGGCUAUCAAAAUGAGAUUAUUUUGUUUACUGCUUGAAAGAAUGCUAAGACAAGAGCAUCUUUAGCAUCUUGGAUUUGAGCAGUUGGUGAUAACUCUGAGUAUAACAUUUAUAGUUGUUAUCCCUAAAUUUGAAUAUCAGUAAUUUUAGAGCCACAUGUACAUACAUACCUAUUUCUUCAUGAGAAUGCAUGCUUAAGCAAAUUUUCGAGUUAUGCAAACUUGUCUUAAAUUUUACCAGUUUUUAAAUCAUACAUUAUAAUGUUUCUGUUUUCUCCAUUAACCAGAUUUAGGCCAUUUAUAGUGAAGUACACUAUAAAACUAAAGUGAUCACUACUAUUAAAAUUACUAUUUUCACCCAACAGCAUUAAUUAUCAUAGUCUUUACAGUUUGCAAUGUAUUUUUAAGAGAAGCCAAUUUUAGUAUUUAUGAAGCUAUUUGAUCCUCAAACCACACCUAAGUUUAAGGCCUAGGCCAUUUGACCAGCUCUUUUUGAACAGAAAUUUCAUUAUUAUGGACUAAGUAAAGAUAAUCUAAAAUAGCAGUAGCAUAGUCAAAUUAGCAUUAGUAAAAUUUCAAGAUGCAAGAACAAACCAGUUGAAAUACAGGAACUAUGAUUGGUUCUAAGCCAACAGUUCUCCAUCUUCCAUCUACCAAAUUGACUACCAAAUGUUGAUAUUAAAUGAUCUAGGCAGUUUAUGUCUUCAGAAAAGUUGAAUAUGGAAAAAAGUUACUUGUAAGAAUUUCAUAGUUACUCAUCCAUUUUUGCCUCCAUGUUAUGUUUGCUAUUUCCUGUCUUCCAUUUUAUUUGUUAUUUCCCUUCUUCCCUCCCUCCUGUUGUCUCUUGAUUUUUGUGGAAAAUUGUUUUAUUGGUAGGUAGAAACAUGGUGGUGACCUGUGUAAAAUAGUUGCUUUUUAUGUACCAGAUAUCUUACUGUUCUUGGAAUCAUAGGUUUUUGGGUUACAAUGAAUACAUAUUUUUAUUAUUAAUUUUCAUAUCAAUUAAAUUUUGUAACAUUUCUUGAUAAAAAUUUAAGCUGAUAAGUUUAAUUUUCCUGAUUUAGGAUCCACUUUAAUAAUUCAGAAGGCCUAUAAGUUUAAAGACCAUGUUCUUGUAUUUUGGAAUUGUGAAAACAAAAUAUUCUUUCAGGUAUAUGUUUUGGUCUAAGAUGUAUUAAUGCAGAAAGCUUCUGGGAGGAUUUAAGAUGUUCUUGUUAAAGGAUAGGUGACACCUACUCACCUUGACUAGCUCAGACAAUGCCAAAGACAAGGUGAAAUGACAGCACUCAUUGAAGUUGAGUCAAACUCCCAUGUUGCUGGAUUUGAUUGACAUUUUCCCCACACAGUUAGUUGGUACUCUUUACUGACCUCCUUACCUUGUGUAUCUGACAUAUUGGCUUUCCUAUUCCCCUUUUCUUUUGUUUCUCCUUUUCUUUAUUGUUUACAUAGGCCUGCUGGUGGCAUUCAAUUCAGAUAGAAGUUAAGAAAUUUCUGCCUCUUUCCUUAGAACAUAGCUAACUGAAGAUCCAGAAAGAUUUCUGUAUUUUGAGGUAAUUUGGCAAGUUUUUUUUUUUUUUCUGUUUUCCCUGUAGUCUUAAAUUGGCAAUUCGAAGAGCAUCUUAAAUGAACGUUAGGAAAUUUGUGAAAUGAUGAGUGUAAAAAGUAUGUGUUUAAGUUACUGGGAACUGUGACUGACUGGUUUGGAAAUUUAAGAGCAGGAAGGAGAAAGCUGUUUGUGAAUGGGGUGUGAGAGGUACAUGGGAGGGUGGUUGGAAGUAAAGUGGGAGGAAUUUUUAUUGGCAGUAGGAAAAAGUACUAAGAUGAAGUCUGAAUGAGAGUUGUUUCCUAAGAACAAUGAGGUUGAUCUUCAUUGAGGAAGUUUCAAUGCGUCCCUCUUUGGCUAAGAGAAAACUGUUGGUCUACAGCUACUUACAAUGAUGCUUUAUACAAAUCUGUUUUUAUGUGUACAGUGGUUUGAAGAUUUUGAUAGGAUGUUCACUUUGGGGGACAAAUUUAAGUAGCACAAUUGUGGAAUGGUAGCUUUUCUGGUCAAGGCAAAAUUAUGUUAGGGACUUACUUUUUCAGAAAAAAAGAUAACUGCUCAAGCUUUUUCAAUUACCAUUUUUAAACUAUCAAUGACAUUUGUCAUUACAGACUCUUUUCUUGGGUUCUUGUCCAAAUGUAGUCUGUGUUUGCUUUUCAAAAUGAUUCUUGCAGUCCACAAAGAUUCAUACCCAAAGAUCCUUCCUUUACAGAAACUUUACCCUUUGGUCCACAUAAACAUUUUAGAAGACAAUAAACGAGGUAAAAAUCACUGAAUUCCUAUUUAAGUAUUGUUUUUAUUUCUUCUUUUAUUUGUAAUCCUAGCAGCCAUCUAAUAUUGUAGCCCUUAAGAGGCCCUCAGUAAUACAUUCCUGAAAUUAAACAACAUUAUCCCCUAAACUUAUAUUUCUGUUUAUUGUCCCACUUUCUUUAAAAUUGUAGAAUUUCCUAAAGUUAGUGUAGGCAGAUGUCAAUUAUAUAAUUUAAUAUCUUCCAGGCCUCUUAUGUUCUUUGUAAAGUAAGCUCACAGUGUUAUCUGUUCCUAUAAUCCUAGAAGUGUUUUAAAUUAUUUAAGAUAAAUAAUACUUGUUUUUAAAGUUACAUAAUUCAAAUAUAUUAGUUCUGCUAGUAAAUUUACUAUGGAUUUAGUCCCAGUAAUUUUGACAAAUUACCUUCAAAUUUCAUUUUAAUCAGAUAUCUGUAAAUCAGUGAUAAAAAUUUGUUUUCAGUAGCCAGAAGGACGUUCUGGUUCUGUACUUGGAAGGUAGUCUUUCUUUUUUCAAAUGUUAAAUUCAUUAACAAAUAAUAGGUUUAUUUUUACAUAUCUUAUUUUGCAGAGUUGGCACUUGGUAUAAUUUCCACAUUUUAUUGUGUCAGAUUUUUAAAUUAUAAUAUAGUUACAUACUAUAGUUUAAGUUUGUACAGAACCUUCUUAAAUAGCCCCUCCCAUAGGAAUUGUGUUUUUUUUUUUAAAAAAAAAGUGAAGAACCAGUGAUUUAAAUGACUGUGAGACAAGUCUGAAAGGCUUCCUUGAAUCUAGGCAGUGAAGAUAAAUUAUAGCCCAUUUCUAUGCUGCAUACAGUUGUUAAAGUUCAAUAUCAAUAUAUAAAAGUGCAAAAGUAGAAAAGAUUAUGUAAAGUGGCCUAUAAUAUUUCUAGUUUUCAGUAUUGCACUACUUAUCUUUGCACUUGAUUCUUUGAAAAUUAAGACUAGUCACUUUCACUUUUGUUUCUAGUCUUUUCUAAUUUCUUGUAGAAUUGUUUUCAAGAUCCCACCCAAAGCAAAACUCAUAUGCAAUUAAAUAUGCUUUAUAAGGCCAAGAAAAUAUUUGUUAGUGUUAGCUAUGUAAUAGUAACAUUUGUUUUGAUAAAAUUUUUAAUAUGGACCUUUAUUUACCAGUAAAAUUCUUUAUAAAUAUAAACUUUAUUAAUACCGUCUAAAUAAAGUAAAAGCUUAGGAUAGAAAAUAUAUCUAUGUAUAUGAAAUGAUGUCUUUAAAAUCCAACUUCCAGCCUAAUGUGGUCUGGUUUUGGACCGUUGGUAUGUUUUCACGUUGAGUCUUACUGGGUCCAUGCUUAAAGAGUGGGAAGUAAAGUGAGUGGCAGGUAGCAGUUCCCUCUUUCAUGUAGCUUUCCAUAAUUUUCAUAUAGUUUCUUCAUGGUCUGUGUGACAUUGCUGGUAUUAAAGUAAUUAUAUAAAAUGACUAUUCCUUUUUGGAAUUCAAGAUUGACUCACUUUUUGAGGGAGGGGGACAGCAAGGAUUAAUAGACUUUAUUUUAACCAGAGGUAGUCUUAUAACUUCCUUGAUGUGAUCUAUAGAAAGAACAAAGUAUACCCUAUGAACAUAUUUUUUCUCUUAAUGAGAUUGUGCAAUGCAGUAUUCAGUUUUGCAAAGAAAAAAAUCAAGUUUUUUUUUUCCAAUAGAACAGAGAUGUAUUUUUGGCUAAAAUUGUUUUACAAGUUGCUUAAUGAUUUCAUUUUAUAUUUCUUUCCCCAUAGCUUUUUACACACCUCAUGCUUAAAACCAACAAGUAAGAGGCCUCUUUUCAGAUGUUUAUUUUUGAAAUGUCUUGAGUGUGUUUCUGGAUGGGGGUGUUAAUUCUUGACAUGCUCCUCUCAGCAUGCUUUGCUAGUCAUCGUGGAUCUUAUGUUUGCAAAUUCUGUUAAAAAUUCAGUGAUGUAUUUGAAAUGAGAAUGUCUUUUACAACAUGCUGUGUUUGUGGCUAGAUUCUGUUGAGCCUGUAGCUUUAUUUUUAAUUUAAGUAGAAACUUAACUUCCAUUGUCCAGAUUUUAGGUUUAUCUAGUGGAAUUGUGCCAGGUAGUUGUCUAAAUAUGGACCAAUUUUGGAAAUGUAAGUUACUGAGUAUGGAUUUGACUCUAGAUAAUCCUGUACUCAAAACCACAAAUGAAAGGCUCACAUCAUUAGAGUUACCUACAUUUUAUGUUGUCAGAUCUUUAAAUGUGGAUGAUGUUCAACAUUCUAUGAAUUUCCUUAGGAAAAGAGAAAAAUUCAGUCUCUAUACUGUUUCUUGGAGGCUAAAUUUACCACAUAUGAAGUGAGAAAACUGUAGCAAGUAGCUUUAUUUUUUUAGUGAUGUUUAACCAGCUUACUUAAUUCCUUUUCCUGAUUUGAAGCACUUAUUUCCCAAAUAUGAAUAAAGGGAAAGAUCAGCCCUUCUCCCCUCCCCCUCCCCUCGACACUUUGAGGUCAUUUUUGUUAUCUGCCUCCAUUUCCCAAUCCUGGUAUAAAAUGAAUUACGGGUAUCCCUCUUAAAUCCCUGUAACCCUUUUUGGAGAGUCUAGAAACCUUUGAUAAUCAAAGUGAUGAACCCUCUUCCCAGAAAAACAAAUGCACAUAUACAGAUAAUUUUACAUACAACCUCAGGGUCAUCACUCAUCUUUGAAACCCAAGUUAGGAGUUUUUGCCCUAAGUAAACUGUAGAGAACAUUGUAAUGCAAAUAAUCGAUAAAAUUAGGAGCUAUUGGCUUGAACCAUUUCAGAUUGGAAUUAAUAUCAAAUGGUGGCCCCUACUAGGAAAAUGUGACAUUGCAACUAGCUUUGUUAGACAUUAUAACAUCCAGUAGAAAGAAAAAAGAAGUAAAGUUUUGAGAGCUAUUUACAAGGAGUCAGGUCAUCUCCAGAUAUGGGAGCCAUUCCUGGUUCAAGGUAGGGAGGGGUCAAGGUGCCUGACAGCUUUAGCAGGGUAGAGUUUGAUAAACCACAAUGCUCAGGAUGCCAAGGGGUUAGCCAUUAUCUUAACCCCGUCCUUACCAAAAGAUUUUAGUUUUGUCUAUUGGGAAACAAAAUGUCACUAGGGAAAAAAGUUGCCUUACAACUUUGCUGGAACACAUCAGUUUGGUGAUGUAUGGGACACUAGUAUUAUUUUUGAGAAGGUGCAUAAAACCAAAGUAAAUUAAUUAUUCUCUAUGUAGAACAUUAUUUACUAGUAACAUUUGUUUGGGUAUAUUAGCUUUGACAAUUUUUACCAGUAAAUACCGAUUUUAUUUAAAACUGGGAGUCCAGUUUAUAUAUAGGAUACUUGAUAUAUCCGUCUUUUCCCCAUGUAAAGAAUAGUUUAAAGAUUUAUGCAUACUUUUUACUUUCCUCUCUUGAUACCAUGGGUUGGGGGUGGAGGGUAGGGUUCUUUGACUCAACAACUGACAAAUGUCUUCAAAUUUAAAAAUCAAGAAGCAGCACUUUAAGUCUAACUCUACACCAUUUUAAUGCAUGUAUUAGUUUAAUAAUGAUUUUUGGUGCAUGCCUUUGGGCUUACUCAAAAGUGUACAAUAGAAAAGUAUAUUUCCUUUCUUAGAAAGGAGAUGUUUUUCUACUUUGCAACAUGUGAUUACAAAAAUCUUCCUCUGUGGGAAGAUUAUCCAUAUAUUGAACUACUGAAAAGUAUAUAUUUUUAGAUAUACAGAAGGAAUCUACAUGGAGCAGCAUUCAGACCUAUAUAGAAGUCAUAGCAUUCUGUAUAGGACCAAAAAGGAAGUAACAUUAAACACUUAAACAGACUUUGUUGGGUAGAAAUACCUUUAGAUCUUACAUUGACUUCCAAAAAGAAAAUGCCACAAAAGUUUGUUGAAACUUUUGUUUGAAUUUUCUCUGUCAGUGUAUUUAGCCCAAAUGCAAUAGCAUUGGGUUAGCACAUAUGUAAGAAUCAGAAACAAAACUAAAUAGAUCAGUCUGAUUUGCCAAUCCAGCUUGACUGAAAUAAGUAUACUAAUCACUUGCAACGUGAAAAACUGUCCAACUCCUCUAAGGUUUUGACAAAAUAACCUUGGCUGAUGUGGGGACACUCCCACUUUGAUUUCUGACCUGACAGUGAAGAUUCAUGCUUGACAUGAUUUUAAACCUGACAGUGUCUGUUUAAGGAGCCAUGGUACAGUUUGCUAAUUCAAUCCCAGAUACCUGUUGAUUACCUGUAAGAUCUAGAGUCCAAAGUAGCCAGCAGCCGUAUCCCUGAGAGCUCUGUGCCCAUCAGAUAUCAUAAAGUAAGCAGAGUUGGGACAGGUCACAGCUCUGAUGAUUGACCUCAGUGGACAGCCCCAGAUUCAAGAAUUGUAUCUGCUUUCUUGGGAAUCAUCACUGAAUGAAUGUCCCAUACUGUGUUACUUACUGUAGAUGCUCUCUAGGAGGAGGCCCAGAGCACACAUCCUAAUUGCUUGUGGUACUCAGAGAGGGGGUGCUAACUCUGAUGCCCUGGUCAAAUUCCAGUUUAGGGAUGUGGGUCUUCUUAUCAAAUUGGAAAUGUGCAUUACUUCCCAUUUUUCCUGUUGCUGUCAGUGCAAACUACACUAGUCUGUUCCUUUGCCCCAGUCCCAAGUCUCUUAAGAUACUGGUGUCAUAUGGGCCAAGUUCAUGCCUUAUCCUAAUACACAAGAGUCAAAGAAUGAGUGAGCUUGGUUAUCAGGAUGCCCUGUACUUGGAGGGUGGACUCUUGUGAUGCUUGGGGAUGAAAUCAGCCCUUGUUUAGCAUAAGUUGGGGAAUGUGCACUGGCUGGAAGCAUCCAGCCAUAAGAUGUGAGCUGAAACCUAUUUUCCCUCUUUUCUUAUAAAAUGAGAAAAUCCGUUGGGUUUUCAGCUGUCAGGGAAAGCCGGAGUUCUGCAGUUUUAAUCUGGGUAACUAAGCCUGGUUUAAGUAAGACUUUGGUAAAUUAACUGGGUUCUCAGAUGCCACAGACUCCGUGAGAAGUCACCAUUAUUUUCAAUGGUUGUGAUAGAAUUUCCCCCUAGUAGCCAUUAUUUUAAGGUUAUAUUACAGAGUUGCUUUAUUUUGAGCUUUUCAUGUAUACACAAUCCCAAACUGGAAGAAAUUUUAAAAAAGGAAUCCUGCUGUGAAAGGUAUAUAUUACUCUAGAUUUUUCUUACUGUAAAUAUUGUAAGAUUGUAAUACUGUCGAUAUUUUAUUAACCAACAAAUGUUAAUCUAUGUGAAUUCAGACUUAUUUUAAAUGUGCUUCUUAUUUACUGUGUAUGGUCCCUGUUGCUGACAGUAUUAAGUUAUAUUCUGAUGUAAGAUUAACUUUAUUAAAGAAUGUAAACAUUAAUGUUUCCUUAUGGGAAAACAAAUAAAGUAUAAAGAAGACAAUUCUUUUCAUUGAAAUAUACUGUGUAUUUACACUUGCUAGACCCAGCACCACUUACAAAUUUAGUACACUGUUCAGAAUUUUAGUUAACACAGCUGAUGUGGUUGUGCUCUCUGUGAAAGUCUAAGCAUAGGUAUUGUUGGAAUGUGAACAGUUUGUAUUUGUCUGCUGUGAAUCAUCUUGAAAUUUCUAAUCAAGUUUGUAAAAAUUUUUAUAGUAAAAAUUUUAAUGACAAUUAAAAAAAAUGAUCUUCUCUAAAGAAUGGUCAAAACAAUGUCCUUUCACAAAUAGAAUUGUUCUUUAAUAUCUUUCCAAAAUGACUUUGGUUAAAUGGACCAGGUGUAUAUUAGUUAAAAUUUAGGACUAAGUUGUUGUUAUUCUUUGAGUUUACAAGUUAAUCCUUAUUGGAGAUGUGCCAAUAUAAAGUGGAAUAUCAUUAAUUUGCACUGUUUGGGGACCCCAUUUAAGAAUGCUGAAUUUUGCCAACUAAAAAAUAAGCAAAUGCAAUUUUAAAAAAUAAAUUUGAACAUUCUGUAUUAAAUAUGUGCAGUUAUUAUCAUAUGAAGAAGCGCAGUGUGUUGGGCUGUAAUAUAACCAUAUUUGCUGUCAUGUUCUCCCAUCUCAGUGCUGGGAACUCACCACGUGGAAACCAAGCAAAAGUGUUGUGCAUCAGCCGGCUUGAGUUUGUUCAAUAUCAAAGCUGAAACUAGCGAGGUCUGCUGUACUGCUUAUUGAAGUAUUGUGAUUCUUUUAGGCAUUGAUUCUUAACAAAAUAUAUACUGUAACAGUAUACUUUGUACAGAUUUAAAUUUUAUUUGAAAAAUGAAAUAAAGUAGGCAAAAAAUAAAGAUGUUUAUUUUUCAUGUGACUA